CGGUCCUCGGGGACGCUCUACCGGGUGGCUCUUCACCUCCAGCUGCGGCGUGGGAGACGAUAUUCGUCAUGGCGAUGUUUGAGCAGAUGAGAGCGAACGUGGGCAAGUUGCUCAAGGGUAUCGACAGGUACAAUCCUGAGAAUCUGGCCACCCUGGAGCGGUAUGUGGAGACGCAGGCCAAGGAGAAUGCCUACGAUCUGGAAGCCAACCUGGCCGUCCUGAAGCUGUACCAGUUCAACCCAGCCUUCUUUCAAACCACAGUCACCGCCCAGAUCCUGCUGAAGGCCCUCACCAACCUGCCCCACACAGACUUCACACUGUGCAAGUGCAUGAUCGAUCAGGCACAUCAAGAAGAACGGCCAAUCCGACAGAUUUUGUACCUCGGAGACCUGCUGGAGACCUGCCACUUCCAGGCCUUCUGGUCCUCCAUCCUCUGGAUGCUCCUUCCCUUUCUUGCUCGAACUGGAUCCACACCUUCCACUUCUGCCAAGGGUCCUCCUCACCGUCAUCCCCAGGCCCAUCUCUCCCCCACAAAACCCCUCAGUCCUGAAGCCUGGGUGUUGGCACUUCCUGCCCCACUCUGUUGGUGUCAGCCCCUGACGGCCUCGCCUCCUUUCCAAGCCCUGGAUGAAAACAUGGACCUCCUGGAAGGUAUAACCGGCUUUGAAGACUCUGUCCGAAAAUUUAUCUGCCACGUUGUGGGUAUCACCUAUCAGCACAUUGAUCGCUGGCUGCUGGCUGAGAUGCUCGGGGAUCUGACGGACAGCCAGCUAAAGGUGUGGAUGAGCAAGUAUGGCUGGAGCGCUGAUGAGUCGGGCCAGAUCUUCAUCUGUAGCCAGGAGGAGAGCAUCAAGCCCAAGAACAUCGUGGAGAAGAUCGACUUCGACAGUGUGUCCAGCAUCAUGGCCUCCUCCCAGUAACUUGGCAGGCGUCGAAUAAAGAGUUGUUGGCUUA